GGCUCAAUGGGCUUCAAUCCACAUGAUCGUGGAGAAGUCCUCCACGUUGCAUAGUGCAUUCGUACACGUCCAAACUAGGCCAGUAGAAAACCAGUCCUCCGUCGGGUGUCGCGUGGUACACACGGUCACAGGCUCACAGCCGCCACCUUCCUCUGUUGUAACAAAAGGAGCAGCCACCCCACAUCGGACAAACAAAACCUUAUUUUUCUCUGGACACUUCGUUGACAUUUCUCUGGCGGAUCCAUCCAUGGCUUCCUCUGUGAUUGCUCCCACCUCCACACCCCUCAUCAACAAGAAGGAUUUCGGUCUCUCUGCUUUCUCAUCAUCGUCGUCCUCAUCAUUUUCCUUUCAGAAAUGCAACAAGAGGAGUUCGACGAAAAUUGUUUCGGUCAUGGCACCGCAGCAAUCUCCACGCCCUCCGUGUACCACCGGUUCAGUGAAAACUGGAAUGACGAUGACAGAGAAGAUCAUGGCCAGGGCUUCUGAGAAGCCCCAGUUGAGCCCAGGUGAGAAUGUUUGGGUCAAUGUCGAUGUCUUGAUGACCCAUGAUGUCUGUGGCCCCGGCGCCAUAGGAAUAUUUAAGAAGGAGUUUGGUGAAAAUGCAAAGGUAUGGGACCGUGAAAAGCUUGUCAUUAUACCUGAUCAUUAUAUAUUCACAAGUGAUGAGCGUGCAAAUCGUAAUGUGGACAUCUUGAGGGAUUUCUGCAUGGAGCAAAAUAUCAAGUACUUUUAUGAUAUUAAAGAUCUUGGAAAUUUUAAGGCUAACCCGGAUUACAAAGGUGUUUGCCAUGUUGCUCUUGCACAAGAAGGUCAUUGCAGGCCUGGAGAGGUCCUUCUAGGGACAGACUCGCACACUUGCACUGCAGGAGCAUUUGGUCAGUUUGCCACUGGAAUUGGCAACACUGAUGCAGGUUUUGUAUUGGGUGCUGGGAAGCUUUUGCUCAAGGUCCCCCCAACAUUGAGGUUUGUCAUGGAUGGUGAAAUGCCUGAUUUUUUGCUGGCGAAGGAUUUGAUUUUGCAGAUUAUUGGAGAAAUUUCCCUAUCUGGUGCAACAUACAAGUCUAUGGAGUUCGUUGGAACAACUGUUGAGAGCUUAACUAUGGAAGAAAGGAUGACAUUAUGCAACAUGGUUGUUGAAGCUGGUGGAAAAAAUGGUGUUGUUCCUAGUGAUAGUACAACAGAGAAAUACCUUGAGGACAAGACCUCUGUGCCCUAUGAACCAGUUUACAGUGAUGAACAAGCAAGAUUUCUCUCUGAGUACAGAUUUGAUGUCUCAAAACUGGAGCCAUUGGUGGCAAAGCCGCAUUCUCCUGAUAACCGGGCCUUAGCAAGAGAAUGUAAAGAUGUGAAAAUUGACAGAGUAUACAUUGGAUCCUGUACUGGUGGAAAGACGGAGGAUUUUCUAGCAGCGGCAAAAGUUUUUCUUGCCUCAGGCCAAAAAGUCAAAGUUCCCACAUUCCUGGUUCCUGCAACACAAAAGGUUUGGAUGGAUGUUUAUGGUCUUCCAGUACCAGGAUCUGGUGGGAAGACUUGCUCCCAGAUAUUUGAAGAGGCUGGUUGUGAUACACCCACAAGUCCUAGUUGUGGUGCUUGUCUGGGUGGCCCUAAAGACACCUAUGCACGCCUGAAUGAACCACAGGUUUGUGUUUCAACGACAAACAGGAACUUCCCUGGUCGAAUGGGGCACAAAGAAGGCCAGAUAUAUCUGGCUUCCCCCUACACUGCAGCUGCAUCUGCUUUGACGGGCUUUGUGACUGAUCCAAGAGAAUUUUUGCAGUAGCCAGUAUAAUUGAAAACUGAUCAUUACUUAUCAUUGCGAUGUACCCUGUAUCAUUAUAAACCUAAAGCGGUGGAGCAGAGGUAGCUGCCGUUUCCUUGUCAUGCUUGUUAGCUAUGCUGGUAAUGACUUUGGUAUAUUGUGCGAUGGCUUUGUAAUGCAAAUUGAGUACUCUUGCUUCUUGUAAUCUAGUGGUUUUAAAUAAUACUGGGGCAGUGAGGAUGCCAUGGUAAGGCCAUUUUUGGACUA